AAAACCGAUAAAUCACUUUAUUUUAUUUGGCUCUAAAAUAAAAAGUAUACUGUAUAUAAUAUAAUAAACAAACAAUAUAUAUAUAAGAUCCGCAUCUACAUCUUCCAUCUUGAUCUCAAAGCCCAGCCCGUCCUUCCUGUGUAUAUUGAUACUGAUUUCAUCAUCAUCACUCCAACAGUUGAUAAUAAUAAUUAUAAUUGGUUUAGUAACUUAAGAUUUCUGCAACUCAUUGAUUUUAUAUAUAUAUAUAAAAAUUAUAUAUAAGUUUGAGAGAGAUUGGAAUGAUAGAUAUAUAUAAUGGCAUAUAACUUAUAUGUACAAGUAUUCUGUUAUUCAUUUUUGUUGAUAUUUACAAGUAUUCAUUGUAUCAUCAGUGACAAAAACAAUGAUUUGUCACAACAACAACAACAACCUAUUACUCCUAUUAAUCGCGAUCUUUAUCGUACCAGUGAUUCUUUAAUGGAAGAGAUAGAAGCAUUGGUCAAUCGACACCAAGAUAGACUCCAUUUGGAGACAUUUCAAAGUACCAACAAGGGUUACCAUGCUGAACUAAAUGUAGUUACAUACUGUCGGAAUAGGACAGCUAUUGAUGACAAAUCGAAGUUUCGAAUACUUCUUAGUUUUGGACAGCAUGCACGGGAGCUUAUUACCUCUGAACUUGCAUUAAGGAUACUCUCCAUCUUGAGUGAGGAGCAGUUUUUACCUAAAAUGGAUCCACUGUUGCUGAACAAAACCCUCGAGAAGAUUGUUAUAAAGGUAGUACCUGUGGAAAAUCUGAAUGGACGCAAAAAAGUUGAAGCAGGAGAUCUUUGUGAGAGAAGAAAUGGCAGGGGAGUUGAUCUCAAUCGAAAUUGGAGUGUAGAUUGGGGGAAAAAGGAGAAGGAUUUUGAUCCAUAUGAAGAGAAUCCUGGGACUGCUCCUUUCAGUGAGCCUGAGGCUCAGCUAAUGCGGAAGCUCUCGAUGUCAUUUGACCCACACAUUUGGGUCAACGUACAUUCUGGAAUGGAGGCUCUGUUUAUGCCAUAUGAUCACAAAAACACAACGCCAACUGGACUGCAAUCACAGAAGAUGAAGUUGAUGCUUGAAACUUUAAACCACCUUCAUUGUGGUGACCGCUGUGCGGUUGGAUCAGGAGGCGGAUCUGUUGGAUAUCUUGCGCAUGGUACCACAACGGAUUAUAUGUAUGAUGUAGCAAGGGUCCCAAUGUCUUUCACCUUCGAGAUCUAUGGAGAUGAAAAGGCAUCUUCAAGGGACUGCUUUAAAAUGUUUAACCCUGUGGACCAUUCUACCUUCAAUAGAGUUCUCAAUGAGUGGUCUGCCACAUUCUUUUCAAUGUUCAACCUGGGUGCUCACCAGAUGAAUCUUCAAGACUCGACUCCUAUUAAGGUGGAUCACCUGAUUUCCAUAGACGACUAUCUAAAUGGAUACUUAAUCGAAAGAAAGAAUAGAUAUGGUGAAAAAAAGGAAUUUCUUGACCUUGGUUUGCAAGAAAUCAGAACGUAUUUCAGACUUUUCUUGCUAUCUUCAGUCAUGUUAAUGUUCAUGUUUUGUUCAAGAAUUGCAAAGAGUAACAGAUCACAUAUGCCUACCAUUUCUCUCUGAAGUUCUCGGCCUUAAAGAAAACCGAAAAGAUGUGUACCAUUACUUAUUUUUACGGGUAUAUCAAUACCCAUAUGUUGUCAUUAAGUUUGAGGUUGUUUAGCAUUUUUUUGGGAAACACAAAGUUACAGGUUAGUGUAGUAUAAUGAUUUUUACAACAUUCUUAACACAUUAUGAACAAUAUUUAUUUGUACACUAAUAGAAUUUGAAGGUCUUCCACA